UCAACUUAUCCACCAAACCCUACACUUAACCAUUUCUCCACCUUUAACACUCCAAAUUCAGUAGAUAAGGCCAAAUUCUUGUGGAGCUACCCUAUCUUUAUCAGAUACCCUUUUCUCUACUCUCCAUUCACUACUCAUAGAGCCUAUUUUCACUCUUUCCAAUGGCUUGCUCUGCUUCUUCUUCAACUGCUCUGCUUUCUUACACUUCCAGAGCUUCUAUUUCACCUAAAUCACACAUUUCUCAAUCAAUUUCCGUUCCUUCUGCUUUUAAUGGACUUCGUAAUUGCAAUCCCCUUGUUUCUCGUGUAGCUCGUUCAAUCAAUACUCGGGUUGCUCAAGCAGAACGCCGUCGUUUUGCUGUCUGUGCCUCUAGUGAACUCCCACUUGUUGGAAAUCAAGCACCAGACUUUGAGGCUGAAGCUGUUUUUGAUCAAGAAUUCAUCAAGGUUAAAUUGUCUGAGUACAUCGGGAAGAAAUACGUGAUUCUCUUUUUCUACCCGCUAGACUUCACAUUUGUUUGCCCUACAGAGAUCACUGCUUUCAGUGACCGUUAUGAAGAAUUUGAAAAGGUGAACACAGAAAUAUUGGGUGUUUCUGUAGACAGUGUGUUCUCCCACCUUGCAUGGGUCCAAACUGAGAGAAAGUCCGGUGGUCUAGGUGAUCUGAAUUAUCCAUUGAUUUCUGACGUAACCAAGUCAAUUUCAAAAGCAUACAAUGUACUGAUCCCUGACCAGGGGAUUGCAUUGAGAGGACUUUUCAUCAUUGACAAGGAAGGAGUUAUUCAACAUUCAACCAUUAACAAUCUUGGAAUUGGUAGAAGCGUCGAUGAAACAUUGAGAACUCUUCAGGCGUUGCAAUACGUUCAGGAGAACCCAGACGAAGUGUGCCCAGCCGGAUGGAAGCCAGGGGAGAAAUCCAUGAAGCCUGACCCCAAGGGCAGCAAAGAGUACUUUGCAUCCAUAUAAGGAGAUGAAUUACAUUGCUUUUUAUCUAAUUUGUUGUUUACAGGAGCUGGAGGGAGAGAACAGUUUUCUGCAACAUUUUUUUUAAGGUACUGAUCGACUUUUUCGCAUUUUUUUUGAGAAUAAAUAUGUAUUCUAAUGUCCGUGGUACGUAUUGGCCCAACA